AUGAAUGCACCAUCAGACGUCCAGGCGCAUUUGCUGCUGCUGAGCGGCGCGGGGGAACCGCUGUGGGGCGCGCAGCAGUCUUGUGAUGAGCGCCGCUGCUGCUUGGCAUUCCCCCUGGGGGCGCGGGUGCCAGUGACCUCGCUGUGCCUCAACCUGUUCGUCCUGGGUGUGAGCGGCAACUUGGUGACCGUGUGCUUGCUGAUUGGGCGCUACCGCGACGUGCGGACCACCACUAACCUGUACCUGGGCGGCACGGCGGUGUCCUAUCUGCUCAUCCUGCUUGGGCCCCCUUUCAACCUGUGCCAUCUGUGGCGCUCGAGGCCCUGGGUGUUCGGGACUCUUCUCUGGCGCCUGUCUCUCUACUUGGGCGAGGGCUGCACCUACGCCACGCUGCUGCACGCGACAGCACUCAGUGAUGAGUGCUACCUGGCAAUCAGCCGCCUGCUGCAAGCGCGGGUCCUUGUCACCCAGAGCCUCAUCGCCGCGCUUUGGGUAGUGGCAUUCGUCUCAGCAGGGCCCUUCUUCUUUCUGGUGGGCGUCCAGCAAGAUGUCCUCCCCGGCCUCUCCGCAGGUCAACCCCUCGAUCCGGGUCCCGCCGGCCCUCGGGUCCUCGAGGCUGCAGCGCUGUUCAGCUGUGAGUGCGAUCCAAGCCCCGCGCAGCUCGAGGCGCUGAGCAUCAUGUUGUGGGUCACCACUGCCAACUUCUUCGUGCCUUUCCUGUGCCUCAGCAUCCUCUAAGGGCUCAUUGGAUGCGAGCUGUGGAAAAACCGAGUCCCCCCUUCCCACCCCGGGGGCUGGGGGAGGCCGGACUAAGGCGCGAAGGAAAAGGUCCGGUGCCUGUGUCUUGUUUUACAGUGGCGGUGGUUCAUAGCUUGCUAGUUGCCUUUCCAUAUUGGCAGAAUCACUUACAUGAACACUGAAGAGUCCCGGAUGAUGCGCUUCUCUCAAUACGUUACUAUUGUCGCUCUGUAGCUUUUCUCUCUGAGCGCAUUCAACAACCCCAUCCUCUCCAAUCUCAUUUCCAAGAAGUACAGAACAGCUAUCUGGAAACAGCUUCUGGCAAGACAGCUCAGGCUGGGGAGCCGGGGUGGAGGAUUAGAAGUGGAAACACAGGGAGGAAUCCGGAGGAUACUGCUGGCUCCCCAAAGACGAUGCCCUCACCAUCACACAAAAGCAGUUCUGGGACUUGACAGACACAGGUCUAUAAGAAAACUGAAGAUCUGA